AUGCAUUUCACCACCCUUUUCACCGCUACCGUGUUCACUCUCGCCGCCACUGCAGCCGCAGUUCCAGCUUCAGACACGUACUUCGCUAAAGCCAGUGUCUUCGCGGUCAACAAAGUCGAAAACGCAUACAAAUCAGUCCAGGUCCCUUUGGGAGAGCUGACACACAUGGACUAUCAACUGACCAGCCUUGAGCUACGUGGCGUCGGGUUCCUUCUCCCUGAUGGCCAAAAAGUUGAUCCUCAAGAGAUCACAUGUCAGAUGUACAAGGACAGGUUUGGUACUCAGCCCGGAAGUGCCGCUUUCAACAUGAAAACGCCUGCACUUAUCAGUCUUUUGAACCCUGUUCAGUUCGGAUGGGUGCUGUGCUAUGUCAAUGUCAACAGCGCUUGA